AUGGCCGACCUGAUCAGCAGUGGGGAGCUAGGCCGGAGGCCAGGGCAGGAGCGACUAGACAUUUUGCUGGUUGCAGAUGCCACAAGAUACUUCCUGACUGGCUCUGUCCAGAAGUACUUUUCCGCCACAGCACAGAUCACCCUGACUGUUAGCGACGUGAAGAAGGUGGCUGGGCUUUUGGCUGCAAACUCUUUUGACAUAGUUUUCUUGAAGGUGACUUCCACCUUAACUGUGGAGGAACUGGAGGCUGUCAAGUUAAUCAGAUCCAGCAAGAAGAAAAACAUAUAUUUGCUGUUUGUUUUUAUAAUACCUGAAGAAUUUAAAGGCUGUAUUUCAGAAUAUGGAGUGGAUAUUAGUUUCACUGAGCCUCUGACGUUGGACAAAAUGAACACGGUGGUAAAGUACUGGAAAACAUUUUUCAUAAAUAUGGAUGUGGAAAGCAUUAAGAGGCUCCCAGAAUGUGGACUGCACCUCCAGACUUCCUGCAAUGACUUUUCUACUGAUCUGUUUCUUUGCUUUGGACAGCUGAAAAAUGACCCAGAACUUGGGGAAAAGGCCCCACUGCCGGGUCCCCAGAGAAUCAGGAAGACUUCUCUUCUUCACUCAAGCAAAGAAAAGCUGAGGAGAGAGCGCAUCAAGUUUUCCUGCGAGCAGCUGCGUACUCUCCUUCCACACGUCAAGGGGAGGAAGAGCGAUGUGGCUUCGGUUAUCGAGGCGACAGUUGAUUAUGUGAAGUAUGUCCGGGAGAAUCUCUCUCCAGCUGACAUGGCCAAGAUUAAAGAAACCAUCCAGAGCAAUAAGAGGUUCUCUAAGAGACACGUGCCCAUUGAUCUGUUCCUUCCGUGCGCAGCCACGUCACAGAGGGAAGAUGCUGUGCUGACAAGCGCUUACGCAUCUGUGCACGAGAUCCAGCUCCUAGCUGAUCAGUGCUUGAGCGUGUAUCCCGUGCCGGCCGCAGGAAGGCCCGUGGAGGAAGCUGUAAGAGGCCCAUCAAGCUCUGUGUCCGAGAGCCCUAUUGAGGACCUGGUGAAAACACAAGUCCCCAGCAGCGUGGCCCUCUCUGUGAGUCCCUUCCACGCUGUCAGAUGCUGUUCUGGGACCGUCCUUCCCCAGGACACCGCUGCCAGAAAGAACCAGAAUGUUUCCAUUUACCUACCAUCCGCUGUGCCCAGUGGGUCCAGCUUUCUCCCUCAGCACCGCAGCUCCAUGCUUUGCCAAACUCGCCCUGCCAGUUCCAGUUGUCGGUGUACUCCAGGCCACAAGUUUCCAGCCGGUUCUCGCGCUGCCUCGUGCGGCGUCUUCGGUGGGUUCCAAGACUCAGACCCAGAUCGUCAGGUUCCUCAGCAACCGCGCGUCUCCGCUGAGCCAUCUCCCCCACCUCAAGAAGAUGAUUACUUUUAA